AUGUACGCCGCGAAUAGACUGCAAAGAUGGGCAUACGUGUUAUCAGCAUUUGAUUUCGAGAUAGUCUUCGUUAAAUCCGAACAGAACCCGGCAGAUUUUUUAUCGCGAAUAAAGCUUGAUAAUUACGGUAUCAGUCCGCCCGAACAACAAUGCGUGAAUUUUAUACACGAUAAUUGUCCGUUUAUAAUUAAUUGGCAUAAAAUAAAAACACAAACGCGCGUCGAUAGCACCUUAUCGCGUGUAAUUAGAGCCAUUAACACCGAUAAUUGGCCGACGGACGCGCACAAGGACGCGCACCUAAAACCGUAUUUCUCGCGCAAACAUGAAAUAACGACUGAACAAGACUGUCUCAUGUGGGGGUAUAGAAUUAUAAUUCCCGACAAGUUCAGAGCGGCAUUAUUGCGAGAGUUACAUUCUGUACAUUCGGGUAUGAGCAGCAUGAAAGCAAUAGCACGCUCGUAUUUCUGGUGGCCAAAGCUCGACAGCGACAUCGAGGACAUAGCGCGUAGGUGCGAAAAUUGUAUCCAAAUAAGACCGGCACCGCCGAGGGCCGUACUCUCCCCGUGGAAAUGGCCGGAGCAACCGUGGACACGUUUGCACGUGGAUUUUUUAGGUCCUUAUAAAAAUAAGAACUUUCUGGUUGUCAUCGACGCGACUUCGAAAUGGCUAGAAGCAUUCGAAACAAAUUUGUGUUAA